AUGACCACCGCAAAAGGUCUUGAAAGAACUUGUCUUGUGGCGGACAGAGGCACCAAGAAGUACUCCUUAGCUCUAGACAGGAUGGGACUGCAGCAGAAUUAUUUAAACAAAGAAGAAUGCCAGGAGGAAUCAGAGGAUGCUGAAGAUAAUCCACUUUACCACUGCCAUAGCCACUCAACAGCCUAUGAGAGCAGAAAAUUAGAACAAUGUCAAGCUAAGCGAAAGCUCUAUGCAGCAUCAAUAAUUUGUCUCAUCUUCAUGAUUGCUGAAAUUAUAGGUGGACAAAUUUCAGGAAGUCUUGCUGUGAUAACUGAUGCAGCACACAUCUUGGUUGACGUGACAAGUUUCCUAAUUAGCCUUUGCUCACUGUGGCUAUCAUCUAAACCUUCCACUAAAAGGUUAACUUUUGGAUGGCACAGAGCAGAAAUUCUGGGUGCUUUGAUGUCGAUGCUAAUCAUUUGGGUGGUGACUGGCGUGUUAACAUAUUUGGCGACCAUGAGACUGCUGCAACCAAAUUAUGAGAUUGAAGCUACAGUGAUGCUCAUUACUUCUGGUUGUGCAGUGAUAGCCAAUGUCAUAUUAAGUCUGACUCUGCACCAGACUGGACCUGGACAUAGUCACAGAGCACAAGCCAAUGAACAUAUAUCUGCUCUUCAACAGAAGCCAGCUUUGGCCAAUGCCAGUGUGAGGGCAGCUUUUGUGCAUGCCAUUGGAGAUCUAUUUCAGAGCAUUAGUGUGCUAAUUAGUGCACUUAUAAUAUUCUUUAAGCCAGAAUACAAAAUAGCUGACCCAGUCUGCACAUUUGUGUUCUCUAUCUUUGUGCUGGCAACAACCAUCACCAUUUUAAGGGACAUUUUGCUUAUUUUGAUGGAAGGAACACCCAAAGGAUUUAAUUAUGAUGCAGUGAGAGAGAGAAUUCUAGCAGUCAACAAAGUGGAGUCUAUCCACAACCUUCAUCUCUGGUCUCUAACAAUGAAUCAAGUUAUUCUAUCUGCUCAUGUUGUCACAGAAGACACAGUGGACAGUCACCAGAUUCUGAAAGAAGUUACUCAAGUUCUCUUUGACGCUUACGCCUUCCACUCGGUCACCAUUCAAAUUGAACCACAAGCAAAUCAGAAGCCCGACUGUGUCUUCUGUCAAGAUCCAAAGGAUUGA